CAUAAGGGACUGGGCUGAUUUUUUUCUUUUCCUCCCACCCCUCUUCUUUCUCGCCUCUCGUUUCCACAUCCGGCUGGCGGCUAGAGUUGCUGCCGCCACCACAACCACCUCCACCAUCCAUGCUCCUCCAGCUCCCCGAGAAGCUUAUCUAUCUCCUCCUGGACCUUCUAACUCCUCUUCCCCAAGAUUCGAGAUGGAAGGGAUGGGGAAGAAGAGGCGCCCGCUGAUGGUGAUGGACUCCUCGUUGACCGCGGCGGCGCAGACGGCGUCGAGGGGUCCAGAGACCGGGGCGUGGGAGUGGAUGGCAAGGGAGCGCGCAGCCGUCGACCCCGUGCACUGUCUCCCUCUCUCCUCAACGACUCGCGGCGAAGAAGCCGCUGGAGGAGGAGCUCGACCCGGACGACGGUGGCCGGAGGACGUCACCAUGGGGAUUUGCUGCAAAGGGCCACCGGAGGAGGAGCCCAACUACAGGAGAAUGCGGUGUAGCAAGAGCCUCGCCAGCAUCGUCGGCAUCGAGCAGUCCUCUAAAGCUCGUCCUCACCACCACGGACGCCGAAACGGCUCCAAUGGAAAGGUUGGAUGCUCACAUGGAAGAAGUGAUCUGAUUUUGCUCUCUCAUCUCUCUUUGUAGAUUUUUGUUCAUGCUGGGAUGUGUUCAAGUGUUGAUUUUUGUUCAUGUGUGGAAGCUGGGCUGUGUCUAUAUGUACAUUUUUGUUCAUGCACGAAUUUUUUAUUUACACUCAUUAGAUUAUGUUAUUCUCAUGUGUAGCUCGUCAUUUAUCCAAAAUAUUGUUCUUCCAUUUGGGGCUUUAGUUGCAGAUUCAUGCUUAAAAUUAUAUUGUUCAGACGCAUCUUUGCGUGCUUGUUUUGCUUUAACCCGUCGCCUAGCCAUGAAGCACUCUGCUGCAGCCUCUCACUUCACGGUCGACGACACUCUGCUCCAACCCGUCACUUCGCUGUGAAGCCCUCUGCUGCAGCCUCUCACUUAACCGUAGACGACACACUGCUCCAACCCGUCUCUGUCCAGUCCCAGACAAACCUGUUGUAAAGGCAGUGUUCUCCUGCUGGCGGGGUUCCAAAGUGGAUGUGGAACGCCAUGACCAAGAUCUUCAAAUGUCCAAUAUUUCAUAGACUAUAUCCAUGACAGAGGUCUCUUUUCUUUUAAAUAAAAAGUGACUUUCUCCUUCUUUUCCUUAGAUAAAUUUAUGAUUGAGGAGAAUAUAUUCCUUCAUGUGUUGUUUCAGUAUAAACGACAUAGAGUUGGUUGUACCCUGAGUUUCUUCCUUCCUCCAAUGGAUUGAUUGCAGUUCUAUCUGAGCCUCAACUGGUCGAGUGUUGUGCCAACUGUAAGUCUCAUUGUUAGUCAAGAAUGCAUGCUUGUUAGCACAUGCAUCUUCAACAUCACCCUGGUUAUGUUUCAUUGUUUUCAGAAAUGGGAAAUGGUUUAAUAAUUUACUCUCUUUUGAGAAAAUCGGUAGUUGCAGAACAUACUAUUUCAUUAUCACGUACUGUUUUGCAUUUUCCAUUAAAAUGGAAGGAUUACCUCCUACAUUGCAAGUAAUCUUAUUUUUUCUUCGUUAUUUGUUUCCGGGAAACAUGAAUUGAAUGAUGAUAGUACAGAUUUAAUUGGCCAUGUGCUUGCUUUUUACAGGAACGAUCGAUAUAUUGUUAAAAGAAUGAAAGUAUGCCCUGCCUGAAGGUUUUAGCUUUCUUUUUCAUGAGAAGAUAGAAGGUUUCUGGCGUGUUAACAUCAAUAUAAUUUCAAUGAUCUGCUACCCUUGUAUAUUUUCUCUUUGGUUAAACAAGAAGCUAUUGCGUUGGUCAGUAGAUCUCUCUUAAGUUUUAGAUGUGGAUGAAAUGCUUCUUUCUAGAUGUUUAGUCGAUCAAGUAGUGUGAACUCAUUUGGCUCCCAAUCUGCUUUCAGCUCUAAUGAUUUGGAUUACUUCAAGAAGGACAUAUAAGCACAAAAUAACAAAAAGACGACCAUGAAGGCUAGAGCCACCGAUGCAGAGAAGAACGUGCAAGAGCUGAAUGCUAAGGCGGAUAGACUUCAAAAGACAAGCGGCGAGCAAACCGUUAGGAUUCAAAAGACUAAAAGUGUUCUUAAAGCUGCAGAGGAGGAGCUGAUGAAGGUGCAGUUAGAAGCAACACCAAAAUCAGAGCAGCUCAGAGAGAAAGAAAAGCAGCCGAAGGGGUGCCUCCCACCUGGUACCACCCAACUUCCUCUUAAGCGGCGCCACCCGGUGGCGCCCCAACCGCUAGUGAUUAUAAAUUGAUUUAACCAUGGAUUUGCCAUUCCUAUUCCAAAUCCAUCCUGGUAUAUCUUCCUUCCCAGGCACCAAACUAAUAGAUUGCAUCAUAAUUCUAAUUAUAUUCAAUUGGAUCAUCUCAUUAGAGUCAAGCCAUCUUCUAAAUGUUACUCCCUUCCUUCCGGAAUAUAAGGUGUAUUGAUUUCCGUGCAAGUCAACCAUUUGAAUGUUUGACCAAGAUUAUAGAAUAAAAUAACAACAUUUGCAAUACCUAAUAGAUAAAAUAUGAAACUGCUUUUCGUGAUGGAUCAGAUGGUAUAAAUUUCGUAUUGUGGAUAUUGAUAUAUUUUUCUAAAAACUUCGUCAAACAUGCAUUCGUUUGACUUAUGAAAAAACAAAUUCACCUUGUAUAAAGGAACGGAGGGAGUAUAUUUUUGGUGUUCUCACCCAUUUGUUUCACAUAUUUAGUUUGUUCAUUACAAAUCCUAAAGAGAUCAGGAAACUAGUCUUUUGUUGAUUCAUUACCAAUCCAAUUAUUUGUCCAAAAAUUAGUCUUAUUUAACAU